AUGAACAACCCAACGAAUCUCCUCGUCAUUGUGAUUCUGAUUGCACGAGGAUAUACCAGAAAGUUAAGGUACGAGGAGGACAGUAAUUUCACAGAGUUUGAUGAAGCGCCCUACUACUUUAUCUUCAAGAACUAUGACAACCGGCUCAGGCCUAAUUUCGCAGGUACCCCAGUGACGGUCGGGAUUGCCAUAGAUGUUUCCAGCAUCGAUAGCAUUUCCGACCAAGAUAUGGACUACACAAUGACGAUGGAUUUGUCGCAGAGUUGGCACGACGAGCGUCUAUCGUUCUCGGGGGAUGUCGAGUCGUAUGAUCUCGCCGACGACUAUCUCAGCAAAGUUUGGGUGCCUGACACCUACUUCGUCAACGGGAAACAGUCGUACUUCCACGAAGUCACCGUGAAAAACAGGGCCAUGAAGAUCUUCUCAAACGGGAUGAUUGAAUACAACCUGCGACUCACGACCGUUGCCAGUUGUAUGAUGAACAUGAUGAAUUAUCCAAUGGACGUGCAGAACUGUAGCCUGGUGCUGGAAAGCUACGGAUAUACCCUGAAGGACAUACGUUUAUACUGGAGACAUGGGAGGGAGUCUAUAACAGGACUAGCGGGGAUACAGCUUCCGACGUUCGCUAUUGUUGAUUUCCAAACCUCCUCCGGGGCAAGCCAGCUCGAUACAGGAGCCUUUCCAAGAGUCGUACUAAACUUCCAGUUGCACAGAGACGUGGGACAAGUCAUCUUCCUGAUCUACGUGCCGUGUAUGCUGCUCGUCAGUCUGUCGUGGGUCGCCUUCUGGAUCGAUUACAAAGUCGUGGUUGGCAGAGUCGUUCUAGGUAUGGAAACGUUCCUUGCCCUUCUAACGUUUAUAACCGGAGUACGGAAGGGCCUCCCGAAAGUGGCGUACAUCCACACGGUAGACAUCUACCAUCUGGUGUGCAUGGUGUUCGUCUGCGCCACGCUUAUCCAAUACGCCGUGGUCAACUUCAAGUACUACAGACCCAAGAAGAAAGGGAACAAGACAAGAUGGCAGAGCGCUAUGUCACGGAGGGGAAAACAACGUUGCAAUAAGGAUCACCAUAUGGACAAGGCUGGGAUCAUCCAAUUGUUAAAGAUGUCUUCCUUGAUGCUCAAUCGCAAGCUGGCCAAGAACGUCAAGCAUUCCUUCGCAAAAAUAAGACGGUCUCAUACGGCACCUUGCCUGUCGUCGUUUAUAAGAGACCAGGCGACGUCCACGAAACAAGCUCUUGAUUUGCAGCUGAAGAAAUCCCCCACAGGUCCUCUGUAUUUCACUGACGGCGAAUCUGUGGAGUCGAAUAACGUGCUGGGGACAGGUGGGACACACCGUGACAGCAGACUCCUGACCAAUAGACACCCGUGUGGUAGCAUCAGCGGCAGUGAGCCGAGAAUGCUGCUCCGCAGAAGAUGGAGAAGACAUAGAACAGACAGCGAGAACACGUCAGACGAAGAGGUGAAACAAAAAAGCUCAUCAUCAAGCACGUCCUUCAAAAUGGACACCGCCAGUAACAGUCCUAAUAUACAACGCCAUAACAGAGUGUACAGACACAGAAGUAACAGCGACACGGCUACUGAAGGGGGGAAGCAAAGAUACGAGGGGACUCUAACCCCAACGUUUGCACGUUUCACAAGCGAUGGUGACAUACAAGCCUUCCCUCCCUCUUCAGAUAAAAGGGAAGGGGAACAACAUGGCUACAGAGAGAAGUCGCGGCACCACACUCAGAACGGAACAGCACAUAACCUGCUUGUAGAAUGGGAAAACGAAGCAGUUGUCGGGACGGAUAGAGAGGGGAGUAAUUUAAAUGCAGCCGCGGCGGUGACGUGGCAGCAGCGCCUGUUCGGCAGGUUGUUUGUACGGCGGGCCAUGCCAGCGACACGCGGCUAA